AUGGAAACCAUUGAAUACUUCCAUGUGAAUGGUGUUUCCGAGAGAAGUAUCAAUGCUUCUUUUAUUAUUAUUGUGCCUAAGAAAGAAGGUGCAUUUUGUAUCAGAGACUACAUGCCUAUUAGUCUCGCGAGGAGCAUUUACAAGAUUAUCUCUAAAGUGCUUUUUAACAAACUCAAGAAGGUUCUUGACGUGUUUGUUUCGUUCUUCCAGAAUCCGUUUGUGGAAGGUAGGCAGAUCCUGGAUGCUGCUUUGGUGGCAAAUGAACUUGUAGACUCCAGAAGGAAAAAUAAAGAACCCGACUUACUAUGCAAGUUGGACCUUGAGAAGGCUUUCGACCAUGUCAAUUAG